AUGGAUAGGAGCUGGAUGUCUAUUAAGAACUACCUAGACCCCAAGUAUUUAGAUGGAGUUGAUGAAUUUAUUAAGUUUGCUUUUCUAGGCAAUGAUCCUAAUUGUAAACUGCCAUGUCCUUGCAAAGUAUGCAAUAAUUUUGAGGAUCAAACUAAGGAAGUCAUGGCCAAUCACUUGUGUCGAGGAAUUGUUGAUAGUUAUACUAGGUGGAUAUAUCACGGCGAAGGGUUUAAAUCUGAUGAUGAGAAUGAUGACAUAGAAAUAAAUGACAACGAUAAUGACUUUGACAGUAUGGAGAAGCUGUUAAAUGAUGUAGGAGUUGGUAACUUUGGUGAGAGUUGGAGACAUUCACCGGAACUUGAUACGGGUGAUUGUACCGAGAAAGAAGGAGAAGCAAGUAGGUUUCUCAUAUUAUUAUCGGAGGCUGAAAAAUCUCUAUACCCGGGCUGUGAAAAGUAUUCAAAACUCUCAUUUAUUGUCCAUAUCCUCCACUUGAAAACAAUGAAUCGGUGGACUUGUAAAUCUACUGAUAUGUUGCUGAAGUUCUUGCAUCAAGUAUUUCCUACAGCUUUGAUUCCCAGUUCAUAUUACGAGGCAAAAAAUUUCAUCCGUGAGUUGGGGCUGAAGUGUGAAAAGAUCCACGCCUGUGAAAAUGAUUGCGCACUUUUUUGGAAUGAAAAUAAAGGCCUUGAUCAUUAUCCAAAUGAAAAAUGUAAAGCACCGCGGUAUAAAUCUCCAAAUUCCAAAAUACCUAGAAAGGUGUUGCGUUAUUUUCCAUUAAAACCAAGGCUGCAAAGACUGUUUGUGAACAAAGAGAUUGCUCGGGAUAUGAGGUGGCAUAAGGAGAGACGUGUAGAUAAUGAGAACAUGAUGCGACACCCUGCUGAUUCAUUAGCUUGGAAGGAUUUUGAUAGAAAUCACAAGUCCUUCGCUGAAGAUCCUAGAAAUGUGAGGCUAGGACUUGCUAGUGAUGGCUUUAAUCCCUUUGGAACCAUGAGCAAUUCAUACAGUAUAUGGCCUGUUACCCUUGUUCCUUACAAUCUACCUCCUUGGAAAUGCUUAAAAGAUCCAUUUUUUUUCCUAUCAAUGAUUAUUCCUGGUCCCAAAGCACCUGGAAAUGACAUUGACAUAUUCUUUAGACCACUAGUUGAUGAGUUAAAAGAGUUAUUUGCCACUGGUGUGGAGACAUAUGAUGCCUUCAGGGAGGAGAAGUUCAUGUUACGUGCAGCACUUUUGUGGACAAUAAACGAUUUUCCAGCAUAUGGCUAUUUGUCGGGAUGGAGUACAAAAGGGUACAAGGCAUGUCCUGUGUGCUUAGAUGAGACGACUAGUCUAUAUCUUAAUAAUGGUCACAAAUGUUGUUACAUGGGCCAUCGCCAUUUUCUGCCUAUUGAUCAUAAAUGGCGUCGAGAAAAAAAGCAAUUUAAUGGAGAAAGAGAACAUAGACAGCCUCCUAGGACCCUAUCAGGCGAGGAAGUCCUCCAACAACUUCUUCGUAUUGAGCAAGUUGAGUUUGGCAAGGCACCUGAUUUGCUGCAACAGAAGAAAAGAAAACGCGUGCAGAACAGUUCAAAUUGGAAGAAGAUGAGCAUAUUCUUUGAACUUCCAUAUUGGAGUACCAAUAAAAUUAGACAUAAUUUGGAUAUUAUGCACAUUGUCAAGAAUGUAUGUGAAUCUUUGGUAAGUACAUUAAUGAAUAUCCCUUCGAUAACUAAGGACACAUGGCAGGCUAGGGAGGAUUUAAAAGAAAUGGGAUUAAGGGAAGAGUUGCAUCUACAACCGGGAGGUGGUGCAUCUAAAGUUAUGCCACCUGCAUGUUACACUUUAUCACGCCUAGAGAAAAAGAAUUUCUGCCAGUUUUUGAGCACUAUCAAGUUCCCGGAUGGCUUUGCUUCAAACAUUCCUCAGUGUGUGAAGACCAAGGAGUGUCAACUUUUAGGAAUGAAGAGUCAUGACUACUAUGUGUUCAUACAACGACUUCUUCCACUAGCAACUAGAGGAAUGCUGCCAAAAGAUGUAUCUCAGAUUUUAGUAGAGAUCAGCAAUUUUUUUCGAAAAAUUUGUUCUCGAACUCUCUAUCUAGAUGAGCUGGAAAUGCAGAAAAAAAUAUUAUUUUAA